AUGAUCGGAGAUCAACUAGGUGCGGGCGUUGAAGGCUACUCAGCUGCUAGAAUUAAACGCGAGUUUGGAACAGUGCGCGACGAUAUAACAGCACCGCAUAUGGGUAUCCCAGAACUUGGACCUCGUAUUCAUAUGUAUACGGACGAUACAAAUGCUAUGCUCGCGCUAGCGCAUAGUCUUGUUGUGAAUGGAGGCUUGAAAGCGAAACAUGCAGCACAAUCCUACGCCGAAUUUUGGUCGACUGGAAUUAAGCGAGGUUAUCCUGACUCAGCUCAAGCAAGUAUGAAGUGUGUACUUGAUGGCAAGAUAGACUAUCGUGAAUGUGGACGUAUUAACUUUCCCGAUGGAUCGUUUGCCAAUGGUGGAGCUAUGCGAAUAGCUCCCAUCGCUCUCGCUUUUCGGGAUGCAUCCGAUGAACAACUCUAUGAAGCGGUUCGUAUGUCCAUUAUCUCUUCACAUGUACAUCCUGAAGGUAUAGACGGAGCCUUUAUUUUGGCUAAAGGCAUUAUCUUGGCUCUUCGUUGCGAAUCUGUUGAUGCUUUUGAUCCAUCUCAAUAUCUCAGUGUCCUACAAUCGACAGCACGAACGAAUAACAUGCAAAAUCAGAUUAAAAAAUUGAUUAUAUUCUACGCUAACCAGGCGGAUAUCGAUGUGGUACGAGCAUUGGGUAACACUUUUCAACUUAAAGCAAUCGAAGCGGUACCAUGUGCCUUAUGGAUUGUAUGUACGGGUUAUCGUGAACCAGAAGAAUGUCUUAUUCGCGGUGUGAAUAUGGGCGGUGACACUGAUACUGUGGCAGCGAUUAUCGGAGAUAUUAUUGGUGCUUUGUACGGUUGGGAAUGGAUUCCUGCUAGAUGCCAAGAAACUGGCCACAAUGAAUUUGAAUAA